AUGGAUAUAAAGGAAAUGACAGUAAAGAGAGCUGGAUUGAAACUGGAUUUAUUCAGAAAAGUAAUAUUUCUAUUAAUUGUGACUGUAAUAGUUGUCUUCGUAAUGCAAUUGCAAUCUUCAGUUUUGAUAAAACCGGACAUUGAGGCACCUUCUCCUCAUCUACAGUCAGAAAGCUCCAAAGAUAUCGAUCCAUUACCAUACAGUAGAUAUAAUCGAUUUGGAAUGGAGUGGAUAACUAUAGUAGAUGAGUUGAAUUGGCAACAGAGGCAUGGAUAUGCUGAGAAUAAAAAUACUGAAACACCUUUUGAUAUUGGAAAUGGUUCGUUAGGACUAACAUCAACCAUGACAACAAGGGUGAUGCUCCAUAAUACAAAUGUCCAGAAAGGAGAGUUUGUGCAUGUUGUUAUUGAAGCUCGAGACAAAAACAAUCGUAGAAGAAACAGAGGAGGUGAUUUCUUCAUGGCAGUCAUGCAAAACACGAAACUGGGAAAAAGCACUGCAGGUCGUGUUAUUGAUUAUGCAAACGGGACAUACUCAGUGUAUUUCUACGCAGCCUGGGCUGGUAAAGCAGAGGUCACAGUUCAACUCGCUUUCACUAGAGAAAUUAUUAAUUUCAUUAGACAAGUAGUAAAGACAAAAGAAAAGUUACAAGGAAUUGCUGGAAAUUUUACAGAUGGAGUUACAACCGAGUCAAGCAAUUGUUCAAUGAUAAGUGAAGGACUAUGGUCUGAUAAGUGUGAAUAUAUGAAUGCAAAUUCCAUGGGUAAGACAGUGCUUGUCUGUGAUAGACCCAGUACAUUGGAAUGUUCUCAGUUGAAUAUCAUCGGUAGGAGUGUUCAACAAAUGAAUAAAAUCACAGCAGAUCAGAUGCAAGGUGCUGCUGAUUUAUUUGAAUCGAUAUCGCAAAUGGCAUGGUUGCCGGCAACACCAGUAUUAAUACAAGACGCAGAAGUAUAUCCUCGUCCAUUGCAGCAAUGUGGUUCAGAUAUACCAGUGCCAUUAUCUGACGGAUAUUGGGAAACUCGUGAAUUAUUUAUUCCACUUGUAUGUCAUAGUAAACAGUGGUCAAAAGAAGAAGUCCACAGGUGUUUAUCUGACAAGACUAUCAUAGCGAGUGGAGACUCUACAGUGAAGCAAAUUGUUAGACUCAUGAGAUACGAACAUGCAUAUAAUAUGAGGUUUCAUUUCAUGGCGCCUAGAGCUGGACAAAUUGACGAAACUGUACCAGAAUUUGUAUUUGAAAGUGACUUGAUUGACAAUAUCACAUACAAUGAAUGUCAGUCUAAAGUUCCUAUUGUGAUGUUGAACUUUGGUUUCCACUACGGCAUGUGGUCAACUCAGUCCUACAUAGAACGUCUAUUUCGUGCCAAGUUGGCCGUGGAAAGAUUGUUAAAAAGAUGUCCAAAUUCUAAAGUAAUGAUUAAACUGUCACACCCACGGGAACAUGUGUUCAGAGAGCAAUCUAUCCACAGUAGUAAUUGGGUAUUUUUUGAUCAGAACAGAAUUAUUAGAUAUGUAUUCGCCGGAAUUGGUGUUUUGUUUCUUGAUAUAUGGGAUAUGGUGUUGUCUUCAUUUGAAACAAAUACAGUUCACAUGCCACCAGUUGUGAUAAGCCAAGAAAUACAUCUCAUGUUAUCAUACAUUUGUCCGGAAAUGGUUGGCGCAUAA